AUGGAUCGCCGCCGCGGCGCCGCGAUGCGGAAGCCGGCGCUGGAGAUCGACGCGACGCGCACGGCUGCGGCGGCGGCGGCGGAGAUCAAGGCGGGCGAGGAGGAGGUGGAGGAGCCGGUGAGCCCGACGGGGCGGCUGUUCCGGGAGCCGCACUUCAGCUGCUACAUCGUCUCCGUGCUCGGCCUCGGCGGGGCAGUCGACCUGUCGGCCAUGCGGGCCGGCCUCCAGGCCACCCUCGCGCGCCACCUGCGCUUCUGCAGCCUCCAGGUACGUUGCAGAUUGGGCCAAACUGAAACUAUUACUGAUUUGACUGAAAUUUCCUCUCUGUUAAGAAGGCAUCCAAAUUUGGAUUUUCUAGAAGAACCUUUUACCCCAAAGGAAAUUGAUGAUGUUGUGGCUGAUUUCCCUCACAACAAGUCUCCUGGCCCAGAUGGUUUCAAUGCUGAAUUUCUGCACAAAUGUUGGCCUAUUGUUAAAAAGGAUUUCUAUGAUCUAUGCAACCAGUUUCACCAAGACUACCCAAUUGUAAAAUAUGCAGAUGAUACUCUUGUCAUCAUGCCAGCUGAUAUCUCACAAUUGACAACACAUCUGUCUCAGGAUAAGGAUAGCUGGCUGGUUACUGUAAAUGGGACAGGCUAUAAGCAUGUUAUGUUAGGAGAAAGUGGCAGCGAGACCAUCAAGGUGCGGUCCACUCUUCUUGUCAACCUAAGAAAGACGCCUGGCCUUCAUGCGCUGGCUAAUAUGAUGGAAUCUGGCAAAAACAACGGUGCCCAGUGGGGGAAUCGGCUCGGCUACAUGAUACUCCCAUUCCACAUAGCCAACCACGAGGACCCUCUAGAGUACGUCCGGAAGGCGACCCAGGUUUCUCGCAGGAAGAAGAGCUCCAUGGAAUCGGUCUUCACGUUCUGGAGCGGGUCGGUCAUAUUGAAAAUCUUAGGCAUUAAGGCCGCAGCUUCUCUAUGCUACGGCAUGAUGAGGAACACCACUCUGUCCUUCUCCAACGUCGCCGGGCCAACCGAGCAGGUGGUCUUCUACGGCCACCCCAUCGUCUACAUUGCCCCCGGCUCUUACGGGCAUCCACAUGCCUUAACUAUGCAUUAUCAAAGUUACGCGAACAUUAUCAAGCUAGUCCUAUCAGUUGACGAAGCCCAGUUCCCAGAUGCUCAUGAUCUUCUGGAUGACUUCGACCAGUCUCUCAGGCUCAUUAAGGAGGCAGCUUCACAAAAACAAAAAGACGUAUGGACAAAUGUUUCAGAGUAAUUUUUUUUCUGAAUUCAAUAGAUUCUUGAUGUAUGACUGGAAUGGUAGGGACAGACCAUACGUGGUGAACAAUACGGGGGAGAAACAGAGGUUCAAAGCUUUCUCUGUAUAUAUGUGUACAAAAAAAAACUAUGUACGUAGUGCAUGAUUACUUAUCGACAUGUUCCUCCUCUUGG